UCGGGCGAGUAAGUUUGAAUUUGGACGUGGCGCGCAACGGUCCGGACACGGUUAUCGUGUGCUGAAUUAAGAAUCUUCAAGUGCAAGUGAUUUGGGUUCCUGUUGGAUAUCAGUGAGAACGAGUUUUGUUGGAAGAAGUUGCAGAACGACAGGUUGGGAAGCAACUAGAAGCAGACGUGACGGCAUUUGGGGGUGUUAUAUAAGAGUUGACAAAAAGCAUUUGUGAAAAUGACCACCUACACCGACAAGGGCCCCAAGCCGGACGGCGGAAAGUUCCUCUGCUUCGAUCACAUUACGUUCUACGUAGGAAAUGCCAAGCAGGCGGCCAGUUACUACACAACCCGCAUGGGUUUCACCGAGUUGGCCUACCAGGGCUUUGAAACGGGCAGUCGCAAACUAGCCAAGCACGUCGUACGCCAGAACAAGAUUGUGUUUGUGUUCGUGUCCGCUUACGAACCGGACAACACCGAACUGGGAGCGCAUCUGGUGCGACAUGGUGAUGGAGUGAAGGAUGUGGCAUUCACCGUUGAGGAUCUGGACGUGAUCGUCAAGCGGGCCAAGCAGCGAGGAGCCGAAGUCGUCCGCGAUAUCUGGGAGGAAAGCGAUGAGUUCGGAACGGUGCGAUUUGCCACCGUUAAGACCUACGGUGAUACCCAACACACCUUCGUCGAAAGGAAGAACUACAAAGGACUGUUUCUACCGGGCUACAAAGCUCCGCUGUACGACGAUGUUCUUGCGAAGCAACUGCCGGCGACGCAUCUGGACUUCAUCGAUCACGUGGUUGGUAACCAACCGGAUCUGCAGAUGGAAUCGGUAGCCGCCUGGUACGAGAAGGUGCUGAUGUUCCACCGUUUCUGGUCGGUUGACGAUAGUCAGAUCCAUACCGAAUAUUCCGCUCUGAGGUCGAUUGUGAUGACCAACUACGAGGAAACGGUCAAAAUGCCCAUCAACGAACCGGCCAAGGGCAAGAAGAAGUCGCAAAUCGAAGAAUACGUAGAUUACUACGGAGGAGCUGGCGUGCAGCACAUUGCUCUGAACACCAGCGACAUCAUCACGGCAAUCGAGAAUCUUCGUGCCAGAGGAAUGCACUUCUUGUCCGUCCCGAACACAUACUACGACCAACUGCGAGAGCGCCUGAAGAGCAGCAAGGUCAAGAUCCAGGAAGACAUGGACACUCUGCAAAAGCUCAACAUUCUGAUCGACUACGACGAGGACGGAUACCUACUGCAGAUCUUCACCAAGAAUAUGCAGGAUCGCCCAACACUGUUCCUGGAGGUGAUCCAGAGACAUGGACAUAAUGGAUUCGGAGCUGGAAACUUCAAGGCACUGUUCGAAGCCAUCGAAGCCGACCAGGACAAGCGUGGCAAUUUGUAAGAGAAAACGAAUGACGAGACGCGACAAACUGUAUUCUGUAAUGAGCAUGCUGUGUUGCCAUAACCCGGAGUACACUCAUCCUAAUUCAUAAUUGUUAGUACCGUGAAUGUUACCUUAGCUAUGUAAUGAUAAGUCUUACCAUAAACCGUUCUUGUAGUAACUGUA